CUUCCAACACCGGUCUCGAAAAGUCUAGCACGCCGGUCGAGCUUAUAUAUUUCCGCAGCUACCCCGCGCGACCAUACAUUCUUGAGCCACCCGAGUAUUAGGUCGCACCGACGACUUCCCUUGCUAAGGCUAUCAAAGAGUCGCAAAUUCUCUCAUCAACGCUUUAAAUCAGCUCCAAUAUCAAAUUCAAAGAUGCCCGAGGACAUUCAGAUGGAGGGAGCGGAAACCUUUGCCUUCCAGGCAGAAAUCGCCCAGUUGAUGUCCCUGAUCAUCAACACCUUUUACUCCAAUAAGGAAAUCUUCCUUCGAGAGUUGAUCUCAAAUUCUUCUGAUGCAUUGGACAAAAUCAGAUACGAGAGCCUGACUGACCCCAGCAAGCUUGAGAGCGGCAAAGAGCUUUACAUCAAGAUCAUUCCCAACAAGAAUGACCGCACUCUGACCAUCAUUGACACCGGUAUCGGCAUGACCAAGGCUGACCUGGUAAACAACCUGGGAACGAUCGCAAAGUCUGGCACCAAGGCUUUCAUGGAGGCUCUGCAGGCUGGUGCUGACAUCAGCAUGAUUGGUCAGUUUGGUGUUGGUUUCUACUCAGCCUACCUGGUUGCUGACAGGGUCACUGUGACCUCCAAGCAUAACGACGACGAGCAAUACACAUGGGAGUCAUCUGCUGGCGGAUCUUUCAUUGUUCGUCCCGACCACGGCGAGCCAAUGGGCCGCGGCACUAAGAUUGUCCUGCACAUCAAGGAGGACCUGCAGGAGUUCCUCGAGGAGCGCAAAGUCAAGGAAGUUGUGAAGAAGCACUCUCAGUUCAUUGGCUAUCCCAUCAAGCUGCUCGUUGAGAAGGAGCGUGACAAGGAGGUCAGCGACGAUGAGGCUGAGGAGGAGAAAGAUAAGGAAAAGAAGGAAGAUGAAGAGGAAAAGGAGCCCAAGAUAGAGGAUGUGGGCGAUGAGGAUGAAGACAAGGACAAGAAGAAGAAGAAAACCAUCAAGGAAAAGUACACGGAGGACGAAGAGCUCAACAAGACCAAGCCCAUCUGGACUCGCAACCCGGACGAUAUUGGCCAGGAGGAAUACGGCGAGUUCUACAAGUCUCUGACUAAUGACUGGGAAGACCAUUUGGCUGUAAAGCACUUCUCCGUUGAAGGUCAGCUUGAGUUCAGAGCUCUGCUCUUCAUUCCUCGUCGCGCUCCCUUCGAUCUGUUUGAGAACAAGAAGCGCAAGAAUAACAUCAAGCUGUAUGUGCGCAGAGUCUUCAUCAUGGACAACUGUGAGGAGCUCAUCCCCGAGUACCUCAACUUUGUCCGAGGUGUGGUUGACAGCGAGGAUCUGCCCCUCAACAUCUCUCGUGAAAUGCUCCAGCAGAACAAGAUCCUGAAGGUUAUUCGCAAGAACUUGGUCAAGAAGUGUAUGGAGCUCUUCGAUGAGAUUGCUGAGGACAAGGAAAACUUCAAGAAGUUCUACGAGCAGUUCUCAAAGAACCUCAAGCUGGGCAUCCACGAGGACUCCACCAACAGGAAGAAGCUGUCUGAGCUUCUCCGCUACAGCACCUCUGCCUCCGGAGACGACCAGUGCUCCUUGAAGGAAUAUGUUGCCCGCAUGAAGGAGAACCAGAAGCACAUCUACUACAUCACUGGCGAGAACAAGGACCAGGUGUCCAACUCGUCCUUUGUUGAGCGUGUCAAGAAGCGUGGCUUUGAGGUUGUGUACAUGACCGAGCCCAUUGACGAGUACGUCGUGCAGCAGCUGAAGGAGUUUGAGGGCAAGCAACUUGUCUCCGUCACUAAGGAGGGACUUGAGCUGCCUGAAGACGAGGCCGAGAUCAAAAAGCGUGAGGAGGACAAGGCCAAGUUUGAGAACUUGUGCAAGGUCAUGAAGGACAUUCUGGACAAGAAGGUGGAAAAGGUCGUGGUGUCCAACAGACUGGUCGAGUCUCCUUGCUGCAUCGUCACCUCUCAGUACGGCUGGACGGCCAACAUGGAGCGCAUCAUGAAGGCGCAGGCCCUGCGUGACUCUUCAACCAUGGGUUACAUGGCAGCUAAAAAGCACCUCGAGAUCAACCCCGACCAUCCAAUUGUUGAUGCACUGAGACAGAAGGCUGAUGACGACAAACAUGACAAGGCUGUCAAGGACUUGGUGAUGCUGCUCUUUGAAACUGCCCUGCUCAGCUCUGGCUUUGCCCUGGAGGAACCCCAGACCCACGCCUCUCGCAUUUACCGCAUGAUCAAGCUUGGUCUUGGCAUUGAUGAGGACGAAGCUCCUGUUGAGGCUCCAGUUGCUGAGGAGAUGCCACCUCUUGAGGGUGAUGCUGAGGACGUCUCCCGCAUGGAGGAGGUCGACUAAACCUUUUGCUGUUCCUUGCUGAAAUUCUCUUUAGUUGAUAGGUCUCAAAGUGAUUGUCCAGUCAUUCAGAAUGAUUGCAACACAAGUACUGAUAAUUUUUGACUUUGUAUUUAUUUACAGUGUCAAUUCUGUGCAUUAAUGUUUCAGUUCAUUCCACCCAUCAUAUUUUUUUUUAUUUCUUCCAUUUCAUAUAUACGUGAAUGAGCAUUCAACUUGAGUGAUUUUGAUUUACUAAGAUGAGAAAAUGACAAUGAAGUGAUAAUAAAAAUGAUAUCAACCCAUCA